AUGACUUCUUUGGGUGAGGCACCGGGUGGUGUUCUCGACGAUGGCACGAGCAACAACAAUAUGGCCGACGCCAGCUCCACCGCUGACGCCACGUCGUCAAACCAAGGCCCAAGCAACGACAACACAGCCAACGCCAGCUCCGCCGCUCUCGCCAAUUCGUCAAACCAAGGACUAGGUAACAGCAACAUGGCCGACGCGAGCUCCACCGCUAACGCCAGUUCGUCAAACCAAGGGCUAGGUAACAACAUGGCCGGCGCCAGCUCCACCGCUGACGCCAGUUCGUCAAACCAAAAUACCACCACAAACGACAUAACGGUGAACCCGAUCCAAAGCGUACCUUCCGCAAACGUCAACCCUGACAUCAACGACACUUUUAACCCGACGAUCACGCUCGACCUAGAGGGUUCAGGAGGUCACGGUGGCCAUGGACAUAUGGGAGGCCAUGGCGGGCAUCGGCAGCAGCAGUAUGGCCAGCAGCAGUAUGGCCAGCAGCAGUAUGGGGAGCCGCAGAAUAACCCGGAGCAAUAUCCCCAGCCGCAGGAUGACCCGGAGCAAUAUCCCCAGCAGCAGGAUGACCCGGAGCAGUAUGGGGAGGGGCAGUAUGGAGAGCAGGAGGAUGAUCCGGAGCAGUAUGGCCAGCAGCAGUACGGUCAGCAGACCAAUCCUCAAGAGAGCAAUCCUCAGCAGACCAACCCUCAGCAGCCAAACCCUCAGCAGCCAAACCCUCAGCAGCCAAACCCCCAGCAACCCCACCUUCAGCAGCCCCAUCUUCAGCAGCCCAAUCCCCAGCAGCCCAACCCUCAGCAGCCCAACCCUCAGCAGUCCAACCCUCAGCAGCCCAACCCUCAGCAACCGUAUGGCCAGCAGCAGUCAGGCCAACAACAAUAUGGCCAGCAAGACCCGGAAAAUGAGGACUAUCCACAGGGCGAUGGAGAUCAGAUGUACGGCGGAGACGAGGAUGACGGAGGAUACAACAAUCCACAAGGAAGCCAGGGAAAUGCAGCCUCAGCCUAUGGCCAGAACCCCGGAAGCUACUAUGGCGGUGGGGGAGGAAUGAUGGCAAACCAGGAACAGGGAAUGCAAGAUUGCAAUGACGAUGGAACGAUGGGAGAAACAGGAGAAGACGAUGGUACCCUGGGAGCAACAGAAGAAGAUGAUGGCACCAUGGGAGCAACAGAAGCAAACGAGGAAGAUUACGGUGAAUAUGAUCAAGACAUGGAUCAAGGUAUGAAUCAAGGCAUGAAUAACGGGAUGAAUCCUGGCAUGUAUUAUGGGAUGGGGAACGGCAUGGAACACGGGAUGAGUCAAGAUAUGAAUUAUCCAGAAGACGAAGAAGGGGAGGGGGCGGACGAAUACGACCAGCCAUAUGGGCAGCAGCAGGAGGUAUACUAG